AAUACCGAAUUCUUUUCAGCGCCACAUCCAACACCUGCCAAUAAUGCUGAUGGCGACGAUAACUUCCGGCGUAAUUAUGCCGUCGAAUAUGGUGCACCGUUAAUUACACCGCUAAUGGAAUAUGUAACGCUCGAAAUGAAUACAAAUUAUACAAUACGUUGUGAGGCCAAUGAACCAUUGCUCUGGAAAGUAACGCCUAAUACGCCGGCACACGAAGUGAAAACAUUCGAUACCGGCGAUCCGCAACGACCAUUUGGCAGUAUGCUCUAUCUAUUGGAGAUAUCAUACCUAAAUGUGGGCAGUUACUAUUGCAUAAAAGAAUCGAGCGUUAGCAAGAGUCUCGACGAAAUGCUGGAUGAAGAGGUGGUCGAAUUGGUGAAUAACAAUAAGGCAUCCUCCAUUUACGUAUACGUCAACGAUCCUGCGAAUUUGUUGGCAUUAACGGAAUUUCCUAUUAUAACCGCUUAUCAGUAUCAAGAUACAGUGAUACCUUGUAAGCCGACUAUGCCGAAUAUAGAAGUGCUUCUAACCACAUCACAUGGCGAGACAUUUUCCAGUGAGAGUACCGGCCGUUAUGAUCCACAACGCGGUUUCGUCGUCGAAAUACGUGGCAUUACCGAUAGCGGCAGCUAUAUGUGCCGCCCGAAAGUGCCGUCUCUAGAUAAUGAAGAGGAGGAACAAACCUUUGAGAUCCAUUUUGUUGGUAACGAACCUAUUAAUCCAUCGGAUAUACCAUCGGUGGAGGCUACUACUCUAGCUAGCACAAUAAACGCGUCAAAACUCAAUUCCAUUCGAACCAUAAUCCCAAAAGCUAAGAGCAUUCCCCCACCAAGACCCAGCCGAAGCACGAAAACAGCAACAAGUACAGUAACUAACAAAAUUGUGCCUGUUACUAAUCGCAUUUUUGAUGUUGUUAAUCUAAGAGCAACGCAUAAUUUUCAUAAACUCUCAAAUAACUUUGUUGUAGCAUCGGAUGUGGAUGUGGAUGUGGAUGAAAAUGUGGAUAUUAAUGUUGGUGUUGGUAUUGGUAUUGCUGUUGAUCGUCUCCCUAAUCCCGGUGAUGGCAAUAUUGUGGAUGAUAAUAGCGUUAACAUACUAGCUGAUGAUGUUGUUGGUGUUACUAAUAAUAAUGGUGAAGGUUAUGGCAGGACGCACGUGACCACUACCACUGACGACUAUCGCAAAACGCAUAAAAUAGCUACAGACGCUUACGCUGACGCUGAAAAAGUUAGUUUUGAAAAUAGCACGAUUUCCACGACGACUGUUUCACCGUUCGUCACACACGUGCGCGCAACGAAGCGCUCAUUUUUGCGACGCGCUGCCCCAACUACAAGAUGGCAUAGUUCACGCUUUCGUGGUACACAGCGUUCGAGCACGAAAUAUAUCGAGAAACCGGUCAUAACCUCCAAUUCUCGUGGACAUGUCAAUGUUGGCGAAAAUUUCACAUUAAAUUGUUAUGUGAAAAUCGCCUUCGAUGUUUCCUACACAACGCAAUGGAAAACACCAGCUGGAGUUGAAGAGGUGAGAACCAAAGAUAAAUAUGAAUUAAUUGUAAUAGGAAGUUUCCUAAUUUUAAACAAAAAUUAUUGGUCUGUUCACAUAUUCCGGGUUAAUAGGUUAACUGCUUAAAGAUUAUUAUUCUUCAGUUUAUUUCUGUUUGGAAGCAAAAUAAAAAUAUAACCACAUAGUAAAUGGAUAACCUGAUAAUCAGCAAAGUGGGAGCCAUCCAAGUGUUAUUGGAAAACUUCAGAAAAUCUAAGUGACAUUUUGUUGAUUUCAAUGUUUCGCAGAACUUCUGCCAGUAAUCUUUCUUUCCGAACCUUAUUCGACUUUGUUCGUCAUUGAUGCUUUUCCUAUAGUUUUCCCAAUCUUCCUUACGUCGCCUGCAUUUAGGUCUAUAUCUUAGGGUUUCAUCCUAGAAAAUCUUACCCAAUCUGUAUUGCUAGUAUCCUGCUGUGGUCCGAAAGGUUACUAAUCCUGCUGGUAGCCGAGUCUACGACCGGAUUGCAUUAUUAGAUAUUACUAGGUUAAUAUAGACGAUAAAAUUUAAGAUAGACUUACUCCUUACACUGGUGUCUGAACUUUCCAAUGGUAGUUAUUUGCAUCGCAGUCCAUAACCAGUUCCAGUCCUCGUGUCGUAUAAGUUGGUGAACUGCUUUCGGUGGUCCUUCUCCUCAACGUAUACAAGGUAUGCGAACAUUAGCAUCCAGAUGCGCCUGCGCGGUAUCUAUA